AACCUCUUUUUCUCUAUAAAUACUCCUACAAAGCCCCAACCCCUUUUUAUCUCAAGUCUUCACAUUUAAUUAAACCAAGUUUCGAACAUAUUCUUUCACCACCACCGUCCUUGUAUUCCUUUUCCUUUUCGUGUUAUUCGGAGAUGCUGAGCCAUUUGCUCCACGCCGUAGCCGGUGACGACAAUGGGAACGAGAAGAUGAAACCGGAAAAGAUCAAAGGCACUGUUAUUUUGAUGAAGAAAAAUGUUUUGGAUUUCAAUGACUUCCAUGCAUCUUUUCUUGAUGGGUUUCACGAGCUGUUAGGCAAAAGAGUUUCAUUUCAGCUUAUCAGUUCUCAACAUGUCGAUGCUGAUAAUGGGUUGCAAGGAAAGCUGGGGAAAGAAGCAUAUUUGGAGGACUGGAACUCUACAGAAACAUCGGCAGUGGCCGGAGAAUCUAAAUUCGACGUUAACUUUGAUUUCGAGGAGGAAAUCGGAUUACCCGGAGCUUUCCUCAUUAAAAACAAUCAUCACAGUGAGUUCUACCUCAAGACUCUCACUCUCGAACAUGUUCCAGGUCAUGGUCGGCUUCACUUUGUCUGCAAUUCUUGGGUUUAUCCCGACAAGAAAUACGAUAACCCUCGAGUUUUCUUCACUAACAAGACGUGUCUUCCGCAUGACAUGCCGAAGCCGCUGCUUCAAUACAGAGAACAAGAGCUGAUGGCCUUGAGAGGCAAUGGCCAAGGAGAGCUUCAAGAAUGGGAUCGUGUCUAUGACUAUGCUUAUUACAAUGAUUUGGGGAACCCCGACAAGGGCCCCGAAUACGCCCGCCCGGUUCUCGGAGGUUCUGCCAAGUACCCCUAUCCUCGUAGGGGAAGAACUGGUAGACCUCCGACCAAGUCAGAUCCCAAGACUGAGAGUAGGAUACCACUUUUGAUGAGCUUAAACAUUUAUGUUCCAAGAGAUGAACGAUUUGGACACUUGAAGAUGUCGGAUUUCCUUGCUUAUGCACUGAAAUCUAUAGUUCAAUUCAUAGUCCCAGAGCUUCAAGAUCUAACUGAUAAAACUCACAACGAAUUCGACUCAUUGGAGGAUGUUCUUGAACUCUACUAUGGUGGAGUUAAGCUUCCUUCUGGACCUUUGCGUGACAAUAUCAUCAACAACAUCCCCUUGGAGAUGCUCAAAGAAAUUUUCCGAACUGAUGGAGCCCAACUGUUGAAAUUUCCUGUGCCUCGAGUCAUUCAAGACAGUAAGACUGCAUGGAGGACUGAUGAAGAAUUUGCCAGAGAAAUGCUGGCUGGAGUUAACCCUGUUAUAAUCCGUCUUCUUCAAGAAUUUCCUCCAACAAGCAACCUAGAUCCUAAAGUAUAUGGUAAUCAAAACAGUGCCAUAACCAAGGAACACAUUGAGCACAACCUAGAGGGACUAACAGUAGAAGAGGCACUGAGAACCAACAGGUUAUUCAUAUUGGAUCAUCAUGAUUCACUUAUGCCGUACCUGCGGAGGAUAAACACUACGACAACCAAGACUUAUGCGUCUCGAACCAUCUUGCUUUUACGCAAUGAUGGCACUUUGAAGCCAUUGGUGAUUGAAUUGAGUUUGCCACAUCCGAACGGGGAUCAAUUAGGUGCUGUUAGCAAGGUUUACACACCUGCAGAACAUGGAGUUGAAGGUUCAAUAUGGCAGUUGGCUAAAGCUUAUGUUGCUGUAAAUGACUCUGGUGUUCAUCAACUCAUAAGCCAUUGGUUAAACACUCAUGCAACAAUGGAGCCAUUUGUGAUUGCAACGAACCGACAACUUAGUGUGGUUCAUCCAAUUUAUAAGCUUCUCUAUCCUCACUUCCGGGACACGAUGAACAUCAAUGCCUUUGCUAGGCAGAUUCUGAUUAACGGAGGUGGUGUCCUGGAAUUAACAGUUUUCCCUGGAAAGUAUGCAAUGGAAAUGUCAUCAGUGAUUUACAAGAGUUGGAAUUUGCUUGACCAGGCACUUCCUAGAGAUCUCAAGAAAAGAGGAGUUGCAGUUGAUGAUAAGAGUUCACCAAAUGGUCUUCGUUUGCUGAUAAAAGAUUAUCCAUAUGCUGUUGAUGGACUGGAGAUUUGGUUUGCAAUUGAAAAAUGGGUCAGAGAUUAUUGCUCCUUCUACUACAAGACCGAUGAAAUGGUCCAACAAGACCCUGAACUUCAAGCCUGGUGGAAAGAACUCCGAGAGGAGGCUCAUGGCGACAAGAAAGACGAGCCAUGGUGGCCUAAAAUGCAGACUCGAGAAGAGUUGAUCAAUUCUUGCACCAUUAUCAUAUGGGUGGCUUCGGCUCUCCAUGCAGCAGUUAACUUUGGCCAAUAUCCUUAUGCAGGCUACCUCCCGAACCGACCGACUAUAAGUCGUCGGUUCAUGCCUGAGAAAGGAACAUCAGAAUACACAGAACUAGAGUCCAACCCGGACAAGGUUUUCUUGAAAACAAUAACUGCUCAACUGCAGACACUCCUGGGAAUAUCCUUGAUAGAAAUCCUAUCAAGGCAUUCGUCAGAUGAGGUUUAUCUGGGGCAGAGAGCCAGCCCAGAAUGGACGUCAGACGAAACCCCACUUGCAGCUUUCGAUGAAUUCGGGAAGCGGCUUACCGGGAUAGAGGAACGGAUUGUAGAGAUGAACAACGACGAGCAGUUGAAGAACCGUGUUGGUCCGGUCAAUAUGCCAUACACAUUGUUGUAUCCAACUAGUGAAGGUGGACUUACGGGCAAGGGAAUUCCAAACAGUGUCUCAAUCUGAUGCAUUUAUCUUCAAAUUCUUUAACAAAGGCCAUUAAGUUCUUUUUUUUAAUUAUACCAUUUGUAAACAAAUAAAAGUUUUCUAUUAGUGCAACAAAUAAAGUUUUAUAGAUAUUCAAUGUCUGUAUAAUAUUGUAAGAACCUCGAUAUUAUUGUAGUUUGCACUGUCCUCUUCAAGAACUCUAAUACAUGGUGUAGAAUAUUGUUUAUCUCUUACAAA